CGCUUGGGACUGCGUUUUUCCCCGCCAGGCACUGUGGCUCUUUGUUCUGUGUCAGUUGUCCCCGUCGAGUCAUGGCGACCAGACUGACUUAUCAUUGACUGAAUGUGAAAAACAGUAUCUCCAGUGCAAGUUUUUCCCACGCUUUGUUUAUGUAGUUUUUGAUAGGGUUGCGUGAGGUUUACGUCAAGUUCUGUGUUGAGUUAUCGUUUCGAAAAAAGGUCGUCGGAUUAUAUUUACGCGGUUUCUGCGAAGCUUUCUGGACGUUUCGUCUGCAUUGACGGGCAUGGAGUUGACAUCGUUACUCUUCUUCAGUUUCAUCGUGGCUGUAUCGGCGCAAACGAGGCCGCCUGGACAUUGCGAUUAUAAGCUACACAACUGCACUGAAAUGGUCACACCUUUCCUGAACGACCUCCGGUACAUGUUCCCCACUACUAUACAGGACGUGGAUGAGAUGUGCAAAAUGUGGAGCCGGUUUGUGGACUGCGUGCGGCGAUUCGUGACAGAGUGUGCGACGGAAGACCAGAGGGCCAAGUUCAACAACGCCGUUGGAGACUCCAUCGACACCGUGCACGCCAUAUGCAGUUCUGAACGAUACCAGCGAGAGUACCUGCAGAAUGCGUCCUGCUUCCGUAAGGUGUCGGUGGACAGCUGCGGUACGUUCUACAAUUCUAUGGUAGAGCAAGUAACCAAUCCAGUCGCAAGCGAAGAUCACAUAUGUUGCUCGUACAGCCAGUUCAAGAGCUGCGUGAGUGAACCUUUGCUGCGACUGUGUGGGAAUCGCGCACGCACUAUAAUGGAUCAUUCCAUGGCCUUCCUCAUAGAUCGUUGUGGCAAAGCAUAUUACUCGCUCUCCUACAAAUGCCCUCGUGCCCGAGCCUUGUCCAUUUCCAGCUACGACACUUCCACCGUGGCUGCCAUCACUAGUACACAGACCACUCGUCGCCCCAAGAAGAUAGUGACCACAGGUCAACCCCGCACGAUUAUCUACACGCUCUCUCCGACGGCGAGUAGCCGAACGUCCCGUUACAGCUCAGCUUCCACUCACUAUUCUUCGGUCUUGACCACAGCCGUCUUCCUGAUGCUCGCUGUAGGAGUAGCCUGAUGAAGAUUCUGUUGCUGGCGAGCGGCUGCUGUUCCUGCGCAUAAGAUGUAUUUUUAAAGUUUGUACAUAGAGUACCUGCGUGUUGGACACGACUUCCAGAGCGCGACCAUCGCCGAGGUUAUCCUACUUUAAAAGGGGAUAGGAGGAAAAUGUCUGCCAUCGCCACAGGUCUAGAACAGAACACGGAACCAAGAACCAUCGAAACUAUGCCUGACUGCAAGGCGCGAGAGGUGGACGGCUUCCGUGCAAAGCUGCAAAAGGAGCGGAAACCAAUGCAGGGAACGGCACGUCAUGUGGGCUGCAAUAGUGCUCACCAUAGUUUUUUUCUCUUGUUGUUGAAAGAGCAGACGUUUUGACAUUAGACGUCAGUGCGCGCUUGACUCGGUCCAUCUUGGGGAAUACUGCCGUGGACAGAAGUCCGUUCUGAUAGGCACUACGUCUGUUGGUAUGAAAUCCUCAUUAAGGACUCUGCUAAAUAUUUACUCACUUUCGUUUCGUCGCAUCGCAGUAAAUUAUUUUUCACAAAAAGAAAUCUAGCCUGUGGAGAUUGUGGACACUGCAUAUCGUCAUGCAUGCUCAUGUCGGUAUGGGCCACUUGGCUGAA